GGCCCUCUUUUCCGGCUAGUACGGGGCCGCUCUAGGCUGCCGCCGCGCCCGCGGGCCCCACGCUCCGUGGUUACUGGGCGGGGCCGUGACGUCCUUGGCGUGGCUGCAGGGGAGGCCGCGGCCGGGAACAUGGCGGACCGAAAGGCGGGAGAGGAGAAGCCCGAGAAGCCGAAGCGCGCUGGAGCCGCCGGAGGACCUGAAGAAGAAGCAGAAAAACCUGUGAAAACUAAGACUGUUUCUUCCAGUAAUGGAGGGGAAAGUUCCAGUCGCAGCGCUGAGAAACGAUCAGCUGAAGAAGAAGCUGCAGACCUCCCAACAAAGCCUACAAAGAUCUCCAAGUUUGGAUUUGCCAUAGGUAGUCAGACAUCAAAGAAAGCAUCAGCUAUAUCCAUCAAACUUGGAUCAAGUAAGCCUAAAGAAACUGUUCCAACUCUUGCUCCAAAAACCCUUUCAGUAGCAGCAGCUUUUAAUGAAGAUGAAGAUAGUGAACCAGAGGAAAUGCCUCCAGAAGCAAAGAUGAGGAUGAAGAAUAUUGGCAGGGAUACACCAACAUCAGCCGGACCAAACUCUUUCAAUAAAGGAAAGCAUGGGUUUUCUGAUAACCAGAAGCUAUGGGAACGAAAUAUAAAAUCUCAUCUUGGAAAUGUCCAUGACCAAGACAAUUAAAUGAUGUGUUUUGAGUUAGGGUGUGGGGUGGGUGUAAAGUUAAACGGAACAGUUUCCUUUUUUAAAGAAUGGUAUAAGACUAUCUUUGGAGCCGCUUUUGCUUUUUCUUUUUCAUUUUUUUUUAAGAUUGAGUGGUACACUAAUAAGUGAGAGUUUGAAAUUAGAGGUAAUUUAUGUUUUAUAUACAGAUUUCAAGACAUUUGCUAAUUUUGUAGUUUCAUGUGAUUAGUUUCCAAAGGUUACAGAUAAUAAAGAAAUCAGAAAUGGUACCUUUUUAAGAAUUGCAUAUUUUUUUAGACACAACUAUUAGCACAUUAAGAGGGAAGCAAAAAGUUACUGUCUAUUUAAAACUGCAAGCAGUUCCUCCUAAAUUAACUCCCUCCUCACCUAAACUGUCUGGCUCCCAGGAACAGCCUUAUAGAGAGAAAAGGGGAGUAUGUCUGUGUGUUUAUGUUACUAAGUUGUUAAAUAUAAUUUGAAUUGAAGUCAUUACAGAAUUUCUUACUAGAACAGUUAAUGGGGUUUAUUUGAAGUAUACGCAUACUGACCAGUGGCCUCUCAAAAGCAUAUUGUAGGUACUGAAAACAAAAGGAAAGAAAGUGCAUCUUCAGACACAGUUUAUGGAAUUGCUCAUCACAUAUACUCUUAAAUCUGUACUGUAAGCUGUUUGUUUUGUAUUUUUGUAUUGUAUAUGGACUUUCUACUAUGACAGUUAAACACAUCUUUAAAAGCAUAGUCAUGGACAAAAGAAAAAUGAUAAUAGUGAUUUCCUUCAGAAUUCCUACAAUGUUAAAUUUGGAGGCAGCUUCAGACUAUUUCAUUGGUGGUAGUUACUUGCUGAUCUUUUUUAAUAGGUAGUAACUCCAGAGAAGAAACCUGUGCAUAUGCCUAAUAAGUUGUUCUUUCACAUUAAAGUUCAGAUUAAGCCCCAAGUAAAACAAUGGAAAUGUAUAUAGAACUAUUAGUUCUUACAUGAUUUAAUUAUAUCAAGAUACAUGAAUUUAACUUACUUUUAUGUAGGCAAACUUACUCAUUUUUGUCCAUUUUACUGUUUGUUAAAAUAACAUCCCUCUCCUACAUACUCUGUUCUUGACCCAAAUGAAAUACUAAUGUAAGGUCAAGAUGAGGAGAGAGAAAUGACUGAGAUGAAUGUCUUUACUAAAAUAACCAAUAAAUUUUGUCAAGCUCAA